UCAGCUUCAAAAUGAUAUUUGCAAUUGGUUCAAGGUGUAAAUUUGCUGCUAAGGUGUUUCUAACCAUUUCAAGAGCAAAAGGCCAAUGCAUCACAUAAGCAUAUUUGUUACUAAUCCAUUUUUGCUUAAUUAAAAUUAAACUUGGAUUAAGUACUACAUAUAUAUACUUAAAUCCAUAACAGAAUCAAGGGUAAUCAUUUUUUGUUCUUCACAAUCUCAAUUUCCAUCUAACAGAAAAAGGCAAAAAAAUCCAAAAAUGCACAUAAGCAUAUUUGUUAAUCAUCCAUUUUUUUGUUAAUUUCAAUUAAACUUGGAUUAGUGUUUCCAUAUAUAAACUAAAACUCUAACAGAAUUGAGGCUAAUCACAUUUUCUCUGCAAUCACAAAUCACAAUUCAACAGAAAAUCUCAGAAAAUUCUCUCAUUUUUCUCUCACUUUUUCACAUUUGGCAUAUUCACUUUUUUGAUUUCUCACCAAGAAUCCAUCAAGAUUCUUUGAUUCCUGGUGCGAUUUUUCUGUUAGAUCACAAUUUGCAGGUACCAUUUUCGCUUCUGUUGAAGGAGAUCGAAACAAAGCCUUGGCUGAUUCUUGCUGUGAAAAAACCUGCGUCGUCAAAUUGCAGUUCAAGAAAUCGCUUGAUGCAACUAUGCUGGAGCUGGAUUAGCAUCUUCAUUAACCUUCUGAACCGACAUCUUGCUUCUGUUUCGCGAUUUGAAGCUCGAUCGCACGGUUCCGCCAUCACUGCUCAUCAAGAAAAGGUACCUUUAGUUGCUCAAUUCCUUGCGAACUUUUGCUUUGCGUUGCUUAAGCAACUUGCAUUGAGGGACACUUUUGAUCGAGAUUCUGGUUGAGAGAUUUUCUGCUCCAGUAUGAGGACCGGUUUGAAGAACAACAUUGCUUACAGUUUCUUUGAUCCAGAGAUUGGUGUGCUCAAGGAUAUGAUAGCAUUGAUUACUCCUGACCAUGUGGGAAUGUUUAGAGAGUCAUACGGCGGUAUUCUGAAGAUGGUUUUCAGACUCACUGACUGCGACAGGAGCGCCAUCCACACUCUUCUUCAGUUCUAUGACCCUGGGUUGAGGUGUUUCGUUUUUCCAGACUAUCUGUUGGGACCUCUGAUGGAGGAUUAUGUCAGCAUCCGGGGUAUUCAGAUCCGUGAUCAGAUUCCUUUCCAUGUCACUAGGGCGGAGCCGGACGUCCUUGGGAUUUCACGUGCUCUUUAUUUGAGUCCGGAAAUGGUCAAGGAAGGUUGGAAGGAGAAGGGAAAGUUACCUGGAUUUCAUUUGAGUUUCUUGGAGGCUAAUGCCAAGGAACAUGCUGCUGCGGGUAACUGGAAGACGGUUUGUGCUCUGAUUGCUGUGAGCAUUUAUGGGAUUGUUCUGUUUCCUAACCAGAAGAAUAUUGUGGACCAUAAUGCUAUCAGAUUGUUUAUGCAGAGAAACCCUAUUCCUACCCUGAUUGGAGAUGUCUACUACUCAGUGCAUAACAGGAAUGAGAAGAGGCGGGGUGGUCUGGUUAGAUGCUGCUCUCAGUUGCUCUUUAGAUGGUUCAUGGGGUAUUUGCCUUCCCGAGGUGCUUUUGUUCAGAUUGACCCUAGUGUCAAGUGGUCCUUCCGAUUGAUGGGUCUGCGGGCUGAUGACAUUGCUUGGACUCAUAAUGGUUUAGCUGGUCAGGACUUCAUAUGUAGUUGUGGGAGUUUACCUAAUGUGCCUUUGGUGGGAGUUCAGGGUUGCAUUAAUUACAACCCGAUGCUUCUCCGGAGACAGAUGGGGUUUGCUAUAGAGGGUCCUCCUCUCGGGCGAGAGAUUCAGAAGUCCUUCUAUUUCCCGAUUGAUGGUAACCAGACCAAGUUGAGGCAGGUAUUGGACGAAUGGCGAGAUAUCCAGAGGAGGGGUAAGGUUCCUUAUGGCAAAGUCAACUGCCGGUAUUUUCCACUAUUUGAGGAUUGGUUGCGGAAGAGGAUUGAGUCUACAUUUCUACCGUUCCCUGGAGGUGACUCAGUGUGUCCUAGGAUUGAGGGUCCAAGUUCUUCUGUCAGCAUGGAUGAGUUCUUAGAGGUGAAGCGGGAACGAGAUCAGCUACUUGCAGAGAAGACGGAAUUGGAGAUGAGUGUCGCUCGGGUUCAGAGAGCUAAUCAGGAGCUCAAAGCAAAGAUGGAAGAUCAGGAUAAGCGGCAUGCUUUGGAGACCAAGCGAUUUGAGAUGGAUACAGCCUACUAUGGGAAGGUUAGUCAGGCUUUGGCAUCUUCAGCAAAGGAGCAUGAUAUCACUAAGGAGAAGCUGUUCAGAGCAUCAAAGGUGAUUGAAGAUGAGAAGAGGAGGCAAAUCCUAGUCAGGGAUCAGAGAGAUGAGAGAGCCAGAGUCCUCGCUGCAGAGUGGGAAGCGGAAAAGGCAAAGAUCAGGGCCGAGAGAGAUCAUUACAUGGCAGAGAGAGACCACUACUUCAGGCAGAUGAAGAUUCAUCAGAAGGAAGUUGGAAGACUACAGCAGGAGAAUACCGAGCUCAGGUUCGCCGCAGAGUUCGCGAGGAUGGAAGAUGAGAUAGGGCCAUCUGUGGGACCCUCAUCUAGCUAGAUCUUUCAUUUGUGUUGGAUUACCGUCAGGCUUGUUGACGGAAUUCACUUGUCUGUAUUUCUUUCCUAUUCUGGAGGAUUGUAUCUGACCUUAUCGGGUUGAUGUAUGACUAUUGCACUGAUUGUGCACUCUUUUGGUUAUGUGAUGGCGAUUUUCAUUCA